UGGUCGAAGUGAUGAUUGAGUUGAGGUGCUCCUUGUGAUAUCAUGGCGAUGGCACAGGCUUGGGAUAAACCAGUGUUUGCUGCCAGGCGAUAUCACGAAGAUACAACAAGAGGAUCGGCCUUCGCUUAUACAAACAGCAAUCAUACCAGAGAUCCCUUCGAAGGUCCUAACUACCACAUUGCUCCUCGAUGGGUUUACAAUGCCUCCACCGUCUGGAUGUUAAUCGUGGUUGUCUUAUCCGUAUUCACCAACGGUCUCGUACUGGUGGCCACAGCAAAGUUUAAGAAACUCCGUCACCCUCUCAACUGGAUUUUGGUCAAUCUUGCUAUCGCUGAUCUGGGAGAAACCGUUUUUGCAAGCACUAUUAGUGUUUGUAACCAGUUCUUUGGUUACUUUAUUCUAGGACACCCAAUGUGCAUCUUCGAGGGCUACACAGUCUCAGUGUGUGGUAUCACUGCUCUCUGGUCCCUGACUAUCAUUUCCUGGGAGAGAUGGAUUGUGGUUUGCAAACCCUUUGGAAAUAUUAAAUUUGAUGCCAAGUGGGCCACAGGUGGAAUUGUGUUCUCCUGGGUCUGGUCAGCCGUUUGGUGUGCUCCUCCAAUCUUUGGAUGGAGCAGGUACUGGCCUCACGGGUUGAAGACUUCUUGCGGACCUGAUGUGUUCAGCGGAAGUGAAGACCCCGGUGUUCAGUCCUACAUGGUUGUUCUAAUGACUACAUGUUGCUUAAUCCCUCUGGCUAUCAUCCUUCUUUGCUACCUGGCAGUGUGGUGGGCUAUUCGAACUGUUGCCAUGCAGCAGAAGGAAUCUGAGUCCACCCAGAAAGCAGAGAGAGACGUAUCCCGGAUGGUUGUUGUCAUGAUUGUGGCAUAUGUGGUAUGCUGGGGACCCUACACCUUUUUUGCAUGCUUUGCUGCAGCCAAUCCUGGAUAUGCUUUCCAUCCUCUUGCUGCUGCCAUGCCCGCUUACUUUGCCAAGAGCGCAACCAUCUACAACCCAAUCAUCUAUGUCUUCAUGAAUCGACAGUUCCGCACAUGCAUCAUGCAGCUCUUUGGCAAACAGGUAGACGAUGGUUCGGAAGUAUCCACAUCAAAGACAGAGGUCUCCUCUGUGGCGCCAGCUUAAAGUCCAUGCGCUAUCUUUUGAGGUUCUGGGAGCCAUCCUAAUUUGUACACAUUAUUGUAUUGUAUUGCUUGCUUUUUGUCCCUUUUUUAGUAAAUGUAGUUUUCUGGCAAACAAAAAACUCAUUAAAAACAGAGAAAACAGCA